AUGGAGGCAGAUUUCAAAGUCCCAUCGUCAGUACCGCAGGACCUCCUUCUCAUCCAAGAGCUUGUCGCUCUCCCAAAAACACAGACCAAGGAGCGGCCAUCUGCCAACUCAAGCGACGAUUCUAUUGAAAGCUCAGGGAGCGAAGUCGACAGCGAGGAUGAAGUCCAAGCAGACCUCUUAAAAGAUGACGAGGAGAUGCCCGGAUCGGACCCGUCUGAUUCCUCAGACUCGGACUCGGAUUCGGACGCAGACUCAGACAGCAAUACCUCGAUAGCUGCAGGCUCUGAGAAGGCUACCCACAAAGAAAUUAAACGCGAGGACUCAGAGACCAAGCGUCCCAGAAAGGAUGCCGACGACGAUGACGAGGAAGCAGGCGAUGCAGCACCGGCAGCAUAUGUGCACACUGUCAACGAGGUUGUCGAGCCAACUAUUGUGGCUCCGGUGAUCGAGAAAAUUGGACCUGACGACCCUCUCGAGCUCCUCGGUCACAUCUCACGCAUAAUAGGCAACGUCGUUAUUAUAGAGGGGACCACUGGCAAGCCCCUUUCUGCCGCCGCUAACCCUCGCACACUCGACGCUGAGACCCUGCUCGUGCUCGAAGAUCGGUCAGUGCUCGGACAUAUAUAUGAGACUUUUGGUCCCACGUCGGCACCGUUAUACCAAGUCCGCUUCGGCUCAGCAUUCCCGCUCGACCCAGCGCGCGUUUAUAUCGGGCGCGAUGUAUUCCACGUUCCUACGUGGAGUAACUUUGUCUUCAUGGAGGCACUUCAACGCAUGAAGGGCAGUGACGCGAGCAACAUGCAUGACGAAGAGCCUGCCGAGGACGAACUUGAGUUCUCCGAUGAUGAGCAGGAGGUCGCGGCACGGCGCGAGAGGAAAAACAAAAGGGCUCGCUCAGCCUCCCUCUCGCGGCCUCACCGAGACGACAGCAGUGAUAUUCCAGCCUAUAGUGCGAACCCGUAUGACGCCCAUGGCCCAUAUGAUGACGGGUAUGGGGUCGCAGGCCCAUCACGGCCUCCCCCUAUGCCUUACGACGACCCUUACGCUGAGAGCCCAACCGUUCAGGACGUUCAAACUGAGGACGUGCCCUCUGGCGGUAGCUUCGAGAACCGCGGGCCUUCGUCCUACAACGGUGCCGCCGGGCGACCACCACGCGGACGGGGCCGUGGUCGAGGGCGAGGGCGAGAUGGGCCCGAUAUGCGUGGGCGAGAUCGAGGUCGCGGCGGGCGACGACGGGGAAGCGGUCAGUACGGGGACCGAGGCCCAGGAUGGGGCGGUGGUGACCGGAUGGCAACGGCGCACCCACCGAAACAUGAGACUUACGAUCGACAGGUGUCGAAUUCGUCGAGCUCACCUUCUGGGCUGCCCGCCACGAACGUGGCCAUGGGACAGCAGCCCUAUGAAAGUUACAAUCAUGGUUACAGCCAGUAUGGCGGCCAGGGCUAUCACAACGCGUCCGGUUAUGGCCAACAGAUGAACUUUGUGGAGCCGCACAUCAAUCCGCUCUUUGCAGCUGCUGCAUUCGGGAUGCCUGUUAUGCCGGGGGCGAAUAUGAACGGUGGUGGGGGGUACAUGCACCACCCCGGCCAGGCACAGCAGCAGCAGCAGCAGCAGUAUAACGGCGGUCAGCAGUAUGACAGCCAAGGAUACUUCCAUCAGACGGAAAUGCAGAGACAAGGGCACGGAAGCGGAAAUUGGGAUCAGCAAUGGACUCGCUCUGGAGAGCACGAGGAUGCAGGUGGUCAGUAG